CGGGGACCGUCACUAAGGAGUCAUGUGGGUGCAGCUACGGAUACAUUUGUUUGCAUGAAUAUUUACGACAUUUUACGCAUAUAAUUUCCACCUGGAUGAAUUCGUUUUUAUUGCAAUAGCAGGCCUCAAGCAACAUAAUUUAUCUAGAGAUUUCUUUAUCUCAACACUGAUUGCCAAAGUUUCACCGGGGAGUUGAUCUUUCAAGCAAUGAGUUCCUACUUCGUCAAUUCCCUCUUCACUAAAUUUAAAGGAGGCGAUUCUCUGCGCUCCAACUACUAUGACUGCCCAAGCUACACGCCGGAUCUUGGAGGCAGACCAUCUGUGCUGUACGGUCACAACACAGGAUCUGCGUUUCAGCACGCGGCUCAGUUCCCGGAUUUCUACCACCACGGUACAUCAUCAUUCCCCCACGCGUCUUACCAGCAGACCCCGUGCGCAGUUGCGUACCCUGGAGAUGCCACGGGAAACAUCUUGGGCCAGGACGGUUUACAGAAACAGUCGUUCUUUGGCGCGCCAGAUUCGGAUUUUACGCAGUUUGGGGAUUGUAAUUUAAAGGUCAGCGGUAUCAGGGAUGAUCUGGAGAGUGCAGAACCGUGCACAGCGCAACUCUUCCCAUGGAUGAGACCACAAGCUACCGGACGGAGGAGGGGCAGGCAGACCUACAGCCGCUACCAGACGUUGGAGCUGGAGAAGGAGUUCCUAUUCAAUCCUUACCUGACCCGUAAGCGGCGCAUCGAAGUGUCUCACGCACUGGCCCUCACUGAGAGGCAGGUAAAGAUCUGGUUCCAGAACAGGCGUAUGAAGUGGAAAAAAGAACACAACAAAGACAAGUUUCCCAGCAGCAAAGCAGAACAAGAAGAAAUUGAGAGAGAGAGGCAAGAGGGGAGCCAGGUGUCAGAAAAACACACAUCUGGAGAAGAGGACUCGGAGGCAUCUAGCAAUUCUAAAUAGUCUUUUGACUAUAAAAACAUCACAAUCGAUCAACUUCAAUUAAAUAAAAGUCUGAAGUUCAAAAACGUUCGUCGACAUGCAAAGGC